AUGGCUGUGACCGAGGAGCUGAACAAGCAAGUGGUGUCCAGCUCAGAGCAGCUGCAGUCCUACCAGGCGGAGAUCAUCGAGCUGAGACGCACGGUCAACGCCCUGGAGAUUGAGCUGCAGGCGCAGCACAACCUGAGGGACUCCCUGGAGAACACGCUGACGGAGACCGAGGCCCGCUACAGCUCCCAGCUGGGCCAGGUGCAGUGCAUGAUCACCAACGUGGAGUCCCAGCUGGCUGAGAUCAGGUGUGACCUGGAGCGGCAGAACCAGGAGUACCAGGUGCUGUUGGACGUCAAGGCCCGGCUGGAGUGUGAGAUCAACACGUACCGGGGCCUGCUGGAGAGCGAGGACUGCAAGUGA